AUGGACGAAAAGCAGGAAGAGGCUGUGAGGGAGUUGAAACAACAGCUGCGGGAACUCGAGGACGCACUUUCGGCUCAAGAGAAGCUCCUGCAGGACCGAAGUCAAAGAAUGGCCUCGAUCUCGCUGUCGGUUGCCGAUGCCGAGCGGGCUCUUGAAGAAGGGGAGGAGGAGCUACAGGAGGCUCAGGUGCAACUUGAAGAUGUACUGACUGAGAAUCGUAUAGCGCGCACAGAGCGAAGGAGGCUUCAGACAACCUCAGAGUCCCGUCUACCGCGCGAGGAAUAUGUACAGGGACUCUCCGAAGCCGAUGCUGGACUGAAGGAAAUGCAGGGCCAGGACCAAUCGCUUGUGGCGCAGGUGGAGUCGCUGAGUGGCUCUGCUGAGGGUGCGGAUGCCCGACGGCGACUCACCUUGGUGAGUCUUAUUUCCAUGCUGGAUGAGCUACAGACCUCGUUAAGUCGCAACCACCAACGCGUUCCGCCGGAGGAGGAUGCACGAGCGCGGGAGGUGCUGAAGGCUAUACGCGAGCUUUCUCGCGAGCGCGAGCGAGCCAUUGCGUAUUGCGUGAGGAGGAAGCGGGAUCUGGCAGAUGUCAUUGAGCUGAAGAAGCAGAGAGCCAAUGAACUUAUUUUGGAUUCGCAGCGAAACCUGUCGAGUCUUGUUGAAGGUCAGGAAAAGGCCGCCCUUGGAGUAGUUGAAAGGAUACAAGCAGAACGUAAAGCACUUCGCGAAGAAGUGGAGAACGUCAAGAAUGCGAAUCAGCGGCUUUGGGAUGCUCUUCGUGACACCAAAUAUUCUUCAGACUCCCUUCAGGCCGGGGAGUCCAAACGGGAGGCCUCCAUCUCUGCCAGUGACGCCCUCCGCGGGUCUGCCGCAGCCGAGGAGGAAAAGGAACAUCUUCGUGAACAACUAAGACUGUUUGAGGCGAAGCGAACGAAGCUACAGCGAAUGAUAGAUGAAUUGAGAACAAAUGUAAAUAUGGAGAUGGAAAAACAUGCGACGAAGCUGAGGGAUCUCAAACGUGAGAUUCAAGCCCAGCAGCGCGAAAGUCACAGACUUGAAGGUGAAAACAGGAAGCUGAAAUCUUUAUGCGACUCGUUGGCUUUGACAUUUGAGGCGUGA